UGAAUAGUUUGCUUCAGUUGUUUGGCGAUGGUUCAACCGAUUGGUGGUCCCCACCGCAAUCAUACAAUUUACGAAUUUUAAAUACUACGAUAGACGAUAGUACACGAGUACAUGUUUACAUCAUUAUUGUUUACUUUUAUACCACCAGAAGAAGUCACUUAAUCGAUAUUGUACCACUCAAAUACACGUUGGCCUUGCCAUUAGUCAGCCGGUCGGUUAGGUGUUCGGUCAAGUGUUGCGCAAAGAAGGCAGGGCACAUCAUACGCUCAUCUCUGCUCAUGGUUUAGUGAAAGAAAAAAAUAAUAAUAAUAAAAAAUAUUAACAAAAAGCAAAAUGGAGCUGUCUAAGGAAAAAUUAAUUUCAAGAGAAAAACAUAAAGUUGAACUAACUUCGGGUACUAUAUAUGGUGCUGAUGACGAUGAUAGUAAUUCACCAGCGGAUAGUACAUGCUCCAAUGAAUCUAAAUUCGCGGCAGAACACCCCGAAGCGGAGGCAUAUUUACAGCAUUUAUUGAAUGAUGGCUGCAAUGAGGGGGACAGUGGUUACGACAUGGAAUUGCCGCCAUGGUAUGAUGAUAAAUUAUUUAAACAAGGUCAAAGCUUUAUGCAGAAAUAUCGUUUUGUCAUACAAAGCGGUAUGCUAUCUGGUCUCGUUGCUGUUCUGGCCAUCCCCUCGAUAUUGAAGAUUCUUAUCUGCACGCGACAAUCAUCGACGCCCACAACGGCUUACAAACGAUACGUACGUACCAUGCAGCACACAAAUGCUUGGUACAAAUAUUCGGCGACAGAUAAAAAUUCCAAAUUUUGGACUAGUUUGCGAGCGGUACGCAAAGCUCAUAGCCGUUCGAGUAGAGCAUGUGCCAAACUGGCAGCAGGACAGAUUACCCAAAAGGACCUAGCACUGACGCAGUUUGGUUUCAUUGGAUUUCUCAGUUUGGGUGCUCAUCGCAUACAGCUGUACGACGAGCAAUUCCUGGAGGCCACCUCACAUAUGUGGCGAGUUUUGGGCUAUCUGCUAGGCAUCAAAGAUGAGUAUAACAUAUGUGGUCGAAAUUGGGCCGAGUCCAAGUUGCGUCUGGACAUAGUCAUGCGUAAAGUUUACGAACCAGCUUUGGAGAAUACUACGACGGAGUUCUAUGAUAUGGCUAAGGCUUUAUUGGAUGGCUUGUGGCAUAUUAAUACCACCCUAACGGUUGGCUCCUUCAUCUUUUUCACCAAACGUUUGUGCUAUGUGCGUGGUUAUGAAUAUUUCGAUUUUGAUGACAGACCUGGCAGACAGCGCGAUCCUGAGCAGCGCUUGUAUUACAAGGAUAUGAGUUGGAUUGAUCGCUUUAUUGUUUUCUAUGGCCUCCUAAUGGUUACCUAUUUGCACAAAUAUGAUAUUUUUCGUUGGUAUUUGAACUUCCGCACCUGGUUAAAUGAGCAACUAAUAGAAUAUUUCCCUUACGUCGCCAUUUUGAAAUUUGGACCCAAGUGGGCGUUUGUGCGCAUCUUCAAUGGCCGAGGUGGAGAAAACGAGUUUGAAUAUCAUUUGAAGGAGGAAUAACUUGCACAAGUGUGUAAGACUAAUCAAUCCCAUGGCAGCCGAUUGUACGUACCGGACUGACCCGAUGGAAUCCUUCAUCGGCAAGGGCUCUCGCCUCCGUGUACAACACACUGCUACAACAACAACUAUUUUCUAAUGUUAUUGUCUAUAUUUUAAAUUAUUAUUAUUUAUAUUAUUUGUAAAUAAAAUAUACAAAAUUUUAUAAAAAUUUAA